CGUAAAUUUACAGUAAAUCCACAAUUUAUCCAAUAAAUAAAAAAUGUUUAAUUACAUCUAGAAAAUUCACUCGCAUCGAUAAAUAGAAAUUUAUGACAUAUAUUCGGACGUUAGUUACUUCUCGUAUGAUCAUUGCGAUCGAUAACUUUUCAAUUUUCAUUUUUAAACCUAACCCCAUUUUAACUGCUUAACCUCAUUAUAAUUACCAACCCUCUUUAGAAUGACAAUAUCAUAAUUUUCACGAGAGUAUAUCUGAUAAACAAUCCAUGUUAUAGUAGAGAUUUUAAUUGAAAAAUAAAAAUUGUCUACUGGUCUCCGUAGUAAACAGAGAUAUUCGUCGAGGGCGCGUGAAUCGGUAGUGGAAUUCUCGACACGCGACGGUUCGCGAGGGGAUCUUAACUAGUAGUCGUGGCACCGUGCCGCGAGCUGUCUGCAAAGAAGCCGGUGCGCGUGAAUUAGCGAUGCAUCCCGGAUAGAUUUAUCGCGACCAGAUUAAGAUUGACCCUAGGAGAGAGCGUCGAAACAAUCGAUUUUCCCUGCUUGCGCCCGCGCGGCCGUCGACUCGCGGCCAGCACCUCUAGUGGUAGUUAACAACACUACGUGAACUAUCUACGUGGACAAGGAAAAGUCGGUGGCGCGUGGGCGUGGUCGUGGUAGUGACGUGAAUAGUGCUCACGUGCGUGCGUGCGUGCGUGUAACGGCGUUUGUGCGCGCCUGAUGCUGAAUGCACGGGGCGCGAGGCCAACGACAGGGGUUGGCACGGACUGAUUUCGCCAUCAGACUGCCGCCAAGCGGGGAGGUCUGUCUCGCGUGCCAACACACAUCAAUGGUUCAGUUGGGAUGUCGACCAUGGAACCUCAGUCUGACCAGCGUGGUUGUCCUGGCUCUCUCAAAUAUGCUAUUGACUUUCCUGUUGCUGCAGUCGGAAACCUGCAUCCCGGACGAAGUACCCAGGGAUUUGGAAUCAAACGCUGUAAGCGAAUGGAACCUCGCUACCUUAAUCAAAGAGCAGCAGGAGCAACAGCAGUCGGACUGCGUUACACAAGAUUACCAACCGUUGCCAGCUGACGCGAAUGGUUUAAAAUUGAACAUAAAGCUCGGCAGAUGGGACGCUCGUAGAAUGUUUCGAACGUUCGACCACGUUCUCGUUGGAUCUAGUUUCGUCGAGUUAUCACAGGCGUAUCGUGUUUGCCUGGCCACACAGAGCUCGGUCGAGAAGCUGCAUUCGGUCGUUCAGGCGGCUCAUCAUUGGACCGGGCCGAUGUCGGUGGCUUUGUACGCAGCUGGUGACGAAGAGUUCGAGGUUCUUCAGAAGUACCUGAUUUACCUUAGAAAGUGUUACGAACCGAUACGGGAAAGAGUCGCUUUUUCCUUGGCUGUGCCAAGGGUUAGACCGCCGAAGAGGCAGCCACGAGAAUUCGAGCUGCCAGAGGUGGUAGAUUGUGCCAAACCAGAGGGAACAUUGAACGAGUUGAUGAACGGGAUUUCCAACGAGCAGACAAACUGGCGGAUACGAAACGUCUAUCCGCAGAACCACAUGAGGAACCUGGCGAGGAAAAAUUGCCAGUCAGAUUACGUGUUCUUGACGGACGUAGAUAUCGUGCCGAGCUUUAAUUUGACCGGCGCUCUGGACGAAUUUCUGAGGACUGAUACCUGUGAUAAGUGCGCCUACGUGAUACCGACGUACGAGCUGGACUCGCGCGUCAGAUUUCCACAAAACAAGACGGAAUUGGUUAGGCUAGCGAGAAAGGGACUGGCCAGGCCUUUCCAUCAGAAGGUCUUCAUCCACAAUCAGUUUGCCACCAAUUUUACCAGGUGGAUACUAGAUACGUCUGUGAAUCAUAAAAACUUCGGCAACGUAAAAACUGGCAAGGUGUACAUCAGUCACGAUGUGACGAACUUUGAAUUCCUUUACGAACCAUUUUACGUGGCAAAGGAUAUUGUCCCGGCUCAUGACGAGAGGUUUAUGGGUUACGGAUAUACCAGAAACACUCAGGUAUACGAGAUGUACGUGGCCGGAUACCAAUUCAAGGUUCUCUCACCGGUAUUCACGGGUCACUGGGGUCUACAGACAAGAAAGACCAGACCAGCUUGGCGCGAACGACAGAACAGUGCCAACAGGAAGCACUUCGAGACGUUUAAGAAGGAAGUUUUCGCCCGUUACAUGCGCGAUCCUUUGAAGAUGAUGAAGAACCCUCACUGACGAAAAGUUCGUCGAAGGUUUCGCUAAUUUAUUAGCGAGAUCUUGAUCGCCGUCCUUUUUAUUCGUCGCGCGGGGCUCUCACUGAACCAGUCGGGACAACCUUCAGCGUCUUUGUCUCAAGGACGAUGCUGGGCUCUAAUUGCUCUACCUGACACGGUGCCAUAAGGUUUAAGUUUUUAAACGGACGAACAAUUUCAUCGACCGUGUCAACGAUUCAAUUAGGAACGUAUCGAUUGAUUGCUCUAUUUUUCACUGUAACCGAGACCAGAUGGUUUUCUAUAUAUUUUGUAUCGUAUCGCGAACUUCGAACAAUCAGUGAACUUGUAUAUCGAGAUUUUACUAUUAAAUACUGGAAGACGAACAGUUUGAGAAACGUCUGUCUGCGUUGCUACGCGCAAACAUCCGGUGGAGCACGUUUGAUUCGAGGUUCUCUUGCAUAAUAAUUUACUGACUAAGAAUAUUGAUAAAUUGACAAGUCGCAAGUAGUAGAUUAUAGACUUGUGUUUGACAACUUUGUAAUUUUACAUCACAUAGAAUUAAAUUUAUUUGUACAGUUGAAUUUCUUACGUUACGAAAAUUGUUACCGCUACAAGGGAGAGUUUAUUAAUUCUGGUAACUUGUGACUUGUAAAAUUUCACUAAUAACUAGUUCAAUCGUGCAAAGCGAGCCGAGAAAUUGAUCCAUCCAUUGUGUAGCGAGUUUCAUGGCCUUUUUAACCUUGCACGGGCCUUGAAAAAUGAAGAGAUUUGUCGUCUUGAAAAUGAUGGUUUUACUUAAUGUGUCGUUAUUCGAUCGUUAUUCAAAGCGACCUUAUCAACUAUCUCGAACCUUCCUGCUAUCCCGGGGAAUUUCGCGUGUUCCUUGUACGUUAAAGGACCGCUUUAAUAGCCCUUCAUAUCCCGUUGUCAUUAUCGACAAAAUAAUCAAUUACUGGCUGAUCACCCGUAUCCGACGUUUCCUGCUUGCAAAGAGUUUGAUGUUCGCGUAUGAUUCCAGUCCAUUAAACUUCGCGUUUGUGAAUUUUCAAGUUAUAUAUCAGCCGUUGUAACGUCGAAAAUUGAAAGCGGUCUACCUUCGCCUGAAUUUAUUAAAAUAAGUGUGAUUCUUUUCGUUUAAAUUGCACGCUAACGACUUUUCUAAACCGUUAAAAAAUCUUCCUUUUUCCGUUAAAACAACGGUUAACGAGGCAGGAUUAAUAUCGAUUUCGAACUUAUCCGAUUCUGUGUUCUUAAUACUUCUAUACAGAAAUCGGAGCUAACCCACGAACAGUAUUUGCCUCUGCAACGUUUCAAGCUAUUUCAAAGUUCGAUAUACGUAUCGUUCAUGUGCUAUUUCACACGUUGCACAGAAAUUCCCGCUUUGUAUCACGCGCAUAUGUACGUUGAAGUGAUAGCCCGAAAGCUUUCGUUUUCGAAUAGUAUUUUCCUCGUUCCCGUUUGAUAUCUUCGCUGGUCAUUCCGGUAAUAUCCGUCCCGGUAAAUCGGUGACAUAUCACGUGUAUAUAGAUCGUCUCAAGCUGAAGAGAAAUUGAGACCCGUGCUGUCUUUCUGUCGGCUCGAAGGAGAAACAUUGGUACAGUCCGGUGUAUAGAGGUCAUACGUCAAGAUUGUGUUUCGAUCGUGUCGACAACUUCUAAUCCUGCGUAUACAGCGGCUCACGAAAGUAUUUGCUAUAUAUAUCGUAUGUAUUGUACAAAACAUUUUAUGAUUUAGUUAGCUGUCUAAUGAGAAUCUGAAAAUGUACAUAGAAAUUGCAAGAAUAUAUUAACAUAUUUGCAAUUUCUUGCAAGCAAUUUGCAAUUCUUUUGCAAGAAUAUUAUAACAUAUUUAUGUAAUAUCGAAAAAAGGGGGGUAUACUCUUGGUCUGUUAUAUAUUUAAGUUCGAGUUUCUCGGGAUAGUAUAAGUUGCAAAUUUAGGGUAUAAACUAAGAAUCGUAAGAGUGCUGGGGAAGAGAGAAAGAGAGAGAGAGUGUGUGUGUAAGUAAGAGUGUAUGCCUUGGUGACGCCAAAGCUAAAUGAGUAAAGAAGUGGGAGAAGGAUGCGAAGGUCGAGGGUCAGCAAUUUUUGACCUGAGAAGACAGAAGUUGGGAGGCCAGUGUUAGGGUAAGACGUACGAAGAUAUUGUAGUCAGUUUUUGUAUUGGGUAUUGCUUGUACGGAUAGAACUAAACUUAACUGCGAAUAGACCAUCCUUUCUUGUCCUUACUCUAGAGACCAUAUUUUGAUACUACAUUUAUAAUAAAAGAUGAGUAGUCACACCUUAAGCACGUAACAAGUGUUAAAUACGAUCCCGAUAAAUAUCGUGGUUUAUUGAUAUAGUGGAUAAUCGAUAGUUUUCGAUACUUUUGCGAUCUCUGUGAAAUAUAUAUUUGCGCCAAACAUCUUGCAGCUUCUAUGUAAAUUUUCAGAUUUCUUUCAAACUUUAUCGAUAUGAUCGCUAUAGUCGGGCUUCGUUACAGUGCUGACGAAAUUUCGAAAUAUUUCGUAUAACACACGUAAUAUAUUGACAAAAUCUUUCUACAAAUACACUUUCCUGAGCCAUUGUACAUCGCACCGUAAUAGGUAAUGAUAAUGAUGAAAUGGUUUUGGGCCAUGAUCGAUCGAUUUUGCGACAUACAAGAGACCAGACUAAGACAAUUGACACGAUCGAUGCUAGUCCAGGGCCUAAGGUGUUUGUCAUAGAUAUACAUCAGUGGGUUCCACGUAAACUUUUCGCGAAGAAGAAUGCUAUCUAUUAUUAAGAUCGAAGUAUUUUCACUCUAUUCAAGACACGUAAUAUGAUUGAUAUUAAUUACGUUACUUAAUGCUACAUAUCGAUACAACAAUGUCCAUUUUCUAUUCACGGAAUCACUUUAGCAGCGAAAACACCUAGCAAACCUUACUAAUGGAGCCAAACCCACUACCCCGUGAUCGGAAAAAUGCGAGGGAAUGCCAGUUAAGGAACAAAGCAUUUGGAUGGAAGCAGGUUCGAAUUGUUCCAAUACAACAUCGAAUUAUGACUUAAAUUAAAAGAAAAUAAGGAUAAACGUAACGUGUCUCAGUCGCUGGCGAAAGAUGCGAAUGACGAACAGCUUAAACGAGUCGGUGUAACGAUUGGAUCGUGUUAAUCGCGUUAUUGAAAAGUAUAAAGGAUUGAAAUAAGGUGAAAGGAAUGAAAGAGAAACGUAACGAACGAAAGGAUCCCUUAGGGGAACGUGAAAUAUUUGCAAGAACUGCGAAAUUUACGUGUAUGUUCGUUGUCGUUGCGAAUGUUUCGUAUUUGUCUGUGUCGAAGAGAAGAAUCCUUAAAGGGAGGAGAAUGAGAAUAAGGUGGAAGGAAGAAGUAGAAGAAAGGAAUUCGCGUGUGGAGAUGCAGGGUAGGGCAAUCAAGUAGCCGUGAUCAGCGUCGAGGGGAUGGUGGCGUACUUCUGGGUGCUUCCGGUUCAUCGGUUCGUCCUAAACGAAACUAAGCUCGCUUGCUGCUUCCACUCACGGAUUCCCAGAGUCAUCAGAGACUGCCACGCGGGAUCGCGGAAUAAAUAUCUGUCGGUGAGUUUCGCGGCACGUACACGGUGCACGAACGGGGAAACGAGGCCGUAGAACUUAAGCGAACGUACCUCGUUAGCUAUCUGUGAUUUAAGAGUUUUAAGUUCGACGGAUCGAUCUCGGCUGAAAAGAAGGAGCCGCGAAAGCUUUUCAAGUGCGCAUUCGAGAAGUCAUGGAGAACGAUAUAUCGUCUCGUUAUGUUCGAAGCACGAUAUUGUCGGAGAAAGAAGCGGAAUUGUAUAAUUGUCAUAUAUAUACAUAUUGACAUAUAUAUUGACACAAUUACGAAAAGAUUGCUAUCAACGAAUUUCUUAAUCGAUCAACCCUUUGAUAGUGUAAUAAAAUAGGAAAGAAUUGGAAAUGAAUGUUAGAAAAUAAUUUCUUGUAGAAAAUAAAUAUUAUUCGUAAUUGACAGAGUUGUCGAUAAUAGGAAGACAGCUCCACUUUACAGUAAUUCGGGUAAACCGACAAAAAUCAAUUCAGGAUAAAAUGAAAAUCAAAUCAUUUUUUUAGAAUACGAGACUUAUGCUUCCCUUUUUCUUUACGAUAAAUUCGCUUUAAAAAUGAAAUGUUGGAACUGCCUCCUUAUUGUCGCAAAUCCCUCAAUUAUGGUUACUAUAUUUCGCAAGUUUUUCGAAUCUUCCUCGGACUACGCUGUUCAAAGGUUAGAAGUUCGUGAAACAAAUCUUCGUCUUUCGGUUCUUGCGAUCCUCGCUGACGAUUCGAAAAUGAAAUUACGCGGUACUCGUAAGGGAGUGACGCUAAUGGAAGUCGCAAGCUCCGAUUUCAUUUUUGAAUUAUUUAUACAGCCGCGGCUGUUGCCGUUCCAAUAUCAACGUAUGUGCAUCCUCGAUCAAAAAGCAUACAUGCAAGUGAAAUACAAACGAGAUAGACUCGUGAUCUAUUCGAAAGAUCGCGAUAUCGCGGCGAACGAGAAAGUGCAGCGAAAGAUCAUUUUAUCCGGUUCUUCAGUGAUGCUAUUGCCACUUAUCACGCGACAUUCCAAUGUUAUCGAAUUAUCGUUCAUCCCAAGUUUCCCGAAACGAGAAUACGAAGGAAAAAGAGACAAAGUGAGAUUUUGAUAGCGAACUAUUCGCAUUCACACCUGUUCGAAUCCUAUUCAGCUCCCUCCCUCCCCUUCCCGUUGUCUCGUCUCAACAGCAAGAACAUUGCUCAACGAUUCGUCGCUAGUAAACCGAUUUGUGUAAUUUAUGGAACAUUUUAUGACACAGAGUUAUUGUAUAUUAUAAUGUUUUUACGAAUACGUGUAAACCGCCAAAAUGAUUGUAACACGAGAUGAUUAUUGUUAAAAGGUGAGGCACAAUAAAUCAGUACGAAGCAUGGA